AUGAGCCAAUACGAUUGGAAUAAUGUCGCCUAUCAACUCACCCCGUUGCAACCAUACAUGGACUUUUAUUCGAAUCAACCGCGAAGCUACAUGUUCCAAGGCGCCAAUGACAUCGAUAUUCUAAUGUUGUUGGGCGCGAUUCCGAUGGUCCUUAUUUUUUUCGCGGUGUGCUUCCGCUCGACGCCCUCGCUCACCAAAACGUUUCUCCUAUUUCCAUGGUGUCAAAUCGUCCUCAACAUGCUCAUUCGAUUAUUCAAGGCCGGCAUCCUUCGAUUCAUCCCGUAUCCCGAUUACCCUUGGCUAUUCGUGUCCACCAGCAUCGAGACGACCCUCUAUUACACUCUUGAUCUACAACUUACAAGCUCGGUAUUACUGUAUGCCUAUUUUCGGGGUGCUUCGACGAUGGCGCCGCCGUCGACGCGCCUUCUCUUCGCAUUCCUUCUUCUCGUCGCGUUCGCAAUUUCGGCGUUCAAUAUCAAUUUCAACGCGCUCCUCUAUGGCUUCCCGUUUUACGUUCACGUCGUCUUCUUUGUGAUCACGUCGUUCUCGAAUCUCGUCAUUCUGAUUACGCUGAUUGUGGAAUGCGUCGGACGAAAACCGGCGUCGCACGACAUCGGUGUUCGACUACGAUUGUUCAUCUUCAUUCUCAUCUCGUCGCCGCCGAUUUUGUUCAACACCGCCGUCACCGUCAUGGAUUUGCUCUUCAUGUUCAUUGGUGUGACAGAGCAAUUCCCAAUACCAUACCUUAUCAUGGUCAAUUGUCGCUAUAAGGCGUUUGAAAUCACACCGAUCGCAUUUUUAAUUGCCGCGAUGUUCCUGUUGCCGGAUUUGAUGAAGCCCGUCGAAACGACUACAACAAUUACAACGCCAAACACGGAACGAAUAUCGCACGCAACAUCAGCCGAUCGGCACUCGUCGCCGCCGGCGCGCCAAAUUCGCGAAACACCGGCCGAUUCAGUGCCCGGCGUGGUGCCACAAAACAGCCAAUUCGGAUCAAUUAUUGUACAUCUCAACUCAUCGAACAACUCCCAAUAA